CCACCCCAGUCACCCCCCAAGCCUGAGAAGGCGGAGGAGCCUGCACCGGUGCCAGUGGAAAAACCACCUGAACCAGCCAUGUCAGAGCUCACUGUCGGCAUCAACGGCUUUGGCCGAAUUGGCCGCCUGGUCCUCCGCGCCUGCCUGCAGAAGGGACUCAAAGUGGUGGCUGUCAAUGACCCUUUCAUUGACCUCAACUACAUGGUCUACAUGUUCAAGUAUGACUCUACUCAUGGCCGCUACAAGGGGGAGGUGAAGGCUGAGGAUGGGAAGCUGGUGGUGGAUGGGAACGAGAUCUCUGUCUUCCAGUGCAUGAAGCCAAGCGAGAUCCCGUGGGGCGAGGCUGGUGCGCUCUACGUGGUGGAGUCCACCGGGGUCUUCCUCAGCGUGGACAAGGCUUCGGCAGUGGAGAACCGGGCCGGACCCGCAUCUCCAUCUGUGGUGGGGAGAAGCUUCCACUGGACCCCACGUCUUCCAUGUGUCCCGUCCCCACUCCCCCAGACCCAUCUCCAGGGCGGUGCCAAGCGCGUGGUGGUGAGCGCCCCCUCCCCCGAUGCCCCUAUGUUCGUCAUGGGUGUCAACGAGGACAAGUAUGACCCAGCCCACAUGACCAUCGUGAGCAACGCCUCUUGCACCACCAACUGUCUGGCCCCAUUGGCCAAGGUCAUCCAUGACAACUUUGGUAUCGUGGAGGGACUCAUGACCACGGUUCAUGCCUACACGGCUACGCAGAAGACUGUGGAUGGGCCCUCGGCCAAGGCCUGGCGUGACGGCCGUGGUGCCCACCAGAAUAUCAUCCCGGCAUCCACCGGUGCUGCCAAGGCCGUGGGCAAGGUCAUCCCGCAGCUGAACGGGAAGCUGACUGGCAUGGCGUUCCGUGUGCCGGUCGCCGACGUCUCGGUGGUGGACCUCACCUGCCGCCUGGCCAAGCCAGCCACCUAUGCAGAGAUCAAGGAGGCUGUGAAGAAGGCAGCCGACGGGUCCAUGGCUGGCAUCCUGGGCUAUACGGAGGAUGAGGUGGUCUCCUCUGGCUUCAUCGGUGACACUCACUCCUCCAUCUUCGAUGCUGGGGCUGGGAUCUCCCUCAAUGACAACUUUGUGAAGCUCAUUUCCUGGUACGACAAUGAGUUUGGCUACAGCAACCGUGUGGCCGACCUGCUGAGCCACAUGUUCUCCAAGGAGAACUGAGCCCACUGGGCCAUAGGACCCCCCCUGCCCCCGCCCUCUCCCACGGCUUUUGUGACCCCCUCCCCCCUGCCACCGUGUGUACUCGUCAUGUGUGCGUGUGUGUGCGUGCGUGUACACAAACCCGUGAGCUCUGGCCCCGCACCAUCCUGCCUUGGCCACCCCCCGCGCAGAAACAUGGCCACUGGGUCCCCCCACCCCCCACUGCCCGUGCAGGGGGCCAUGCCGGCCCUGGGUUAGUGUAGCCCUGUGAGGACGUAGCUGCUGUUGGUCUUGUCCAUGUCAGAAAUAAACCACCUGAGCGUUGACCUCC